AUCUUCUCUCCACCCUUCUCUCUGUCUCCAUCUUUCUCUCGGUUCAUUCUCAUUCUCUCUCAGUCACACAUGCAUGCAGCAUCUCCCCUCUCCACUUACUUUCACUCUCAACUCUCCUCCUCCUUUCUCCCUCUGUCACAAACACAUAUCACCUCUCUCAUCUUCCUGUCUGUGUCGUCUGUGUCUCAACCUCUGUCUCUCUCACACACACUUACAGCCUCUUCUCCCCUCUCUUUCUCCCUCUCUCUUCUUCUCCCUCUCACUCAGACAUGCACAAAUGCUUGCGCAACCCCCGCUCUAACACACACCACACACUCAUGCCGACUGGCACCCAAGGACAGAGCACCCCCUCUCUCCCUCCCUCUCUAGCUCUCUCUCUCUCCCUCUCCCUCUCUCCCUCCCUCUAUAUCGCUCUCUCCCUCUUUCUCCCUCUCUCUCCCUCUCUCUGUCUCAGUCCUGCUGCCAGGCUGCUGAGUCUGGGUCUGUGAGAGUGUGUGUGUGUGUUUCUGGGCUUUCCUGACGCCGAGCCGAGCUGAGCUCACACACUUCCAGCUCACUCCUGAGCAUCUGAGUACGAGGACCAGGAGGAAGAGGAGGGCCAUGGAGCACAGCCACAUCUUCACCCUCUUGCCCCACCCCAACAGCAGUGCCUGGAGCCCGGGGCAGCAACCGGCCGACACUCCCCAGGGUUGCCCUCUCGGACCACUGCCCGUCAUCUACUACAGUGCCCUGCUCUGCCUCGGCCUGCCCGCCAACAUACUCACAGUCAUCAUCCUCUCCCAGCUGGUGUUACGGCGUCAGAAGUCCUCCUAUAACUACCUCCUGGCGCUCGCCGCCGCUGACAUCCUGGUCCUCCUGCUCAUCGUCUUCGUCGACUUCAUUUUGGAGGACUUCAUUUUGGGCGUGCCCCUCCCCCCCUCCCUCAACAAGGCGGUCCAGGUCCUGGAGUUCUCCUCCAUCCACACCUCGAUCUGGAUCACGGUCCCCUUGACCGUUGACCGUUACAUUGCAGUCUGUCACCCGUUGAAGUAUCAUAGCGUUUCCUACCCGGCCCGCACACGGCGGGUCAUCAUGGGAGUCUAUAUGGGGUGUUUGGUGUCUGCGGCGCCUUACUACUGGUGGCCUGAGCUGUGGCAUGGUUUACCUGGAGGUGGUACAGGAAGUGGAGGAGGGGGGAGUAGUAGUAGUGCUGCGCAGCAUGUGCUAGUCUGGGUGCACUGCGCGACCGUCUAUCUCCUCCCCUGCUCCGUCUUCUUCUCCCUCAAUGCCAUGAUCGUCAGGAAGCUCCAGCGCCGUCGCAGCUGCUUCCGCCUGCGCGGCUACUCCACGGGCAAGACCACCGCCAUCCUGCUCGCCAUCACCUCCGUGUUCGCCGUCCUCUGGGCACCACGCACCGUCAUGAUCCUCUACCACCUGUACACGGCACCGCCGGCGUCCCCAGGUCCUGCCCGCCUCCUGCACCUCCUAACCGAUGUGGCGAACAUGCUAGCUCUCCUCAACACCGGGGUCAACUUCUUUCUCUACUGUUUCAUCAGCAAGCGUUUCCGGACCAUGGCGGCCACGGUUCUCCGGACGCUGUUCCGAUGCCGGAAGCAGCCGCCGCCAUUCUAUGCUGGCCACAACUUCUCUAUCACCAGUAGCCCCUGGAUCUCCCCAGCCAACUCCCACUGCAUCAAGAUGCUGGUCUACCAGUACGAUAAGAACGGCAAGCCCAUCUGCAUCUCCUCGUGAGGGGGGAAGGGUGGAGGGUUUCCCUGAUGACCGGCCUUGAUGACGACCCGGUUCUGGGACUCUUUGAGCUUUUCAAAUGUCAACAGACAUUUAGAGUGGAGGACUGGAGAGGUGGAGGAGAGGAAAUGAGAGUUAGAGGA